AUGCUCAGAGACACCAUCGUUGCCCCUGCUGUAUACAACAGCCUCCCCCACAUCAGUGAUGUUUCUGAAGCACCCAAGACACAUGCUUCCGAUCUCAUUGAAUUACGCGCACUUCUUUUCAAGCACAACGUGCCUGCCAGCGUCUCAGUCCGGUUAAUUCACAAGCACUUCGACGUGGUUGAGGGCGAGGUCAUGGCUUUCAAACAAGUAUCUGCCCCUCCUUUUGGUGAUGUCGUUGUCAUGCGUCCAGAACGCGCUGCUCAGGACUUGCCCCUCCAUGGAUUGAACUAUUUCGUCAACAGUGACGGAAUACUCCAAGCCUACGAAUAUACUACGGAUGAAACUAUGAACAUGGCCCCGUAUUCGUCUUUCCUGGCUGAGUUCUGUGGCCUAGUCGUUCAGAAAGGGCUGCAGCUAAAGUUUGGCCUCAAGCUCAGCGCAAAAGAAGAUUCAACUACUGCUACCGAGUUUGAGUACCCUCACUCGCGAAGCACCAUCAUUAUACCCCAAGGCCUCCCUGAACCUGAAAGCUUGGGCGACGAGGGAGUCACAACAGAGUGGAAGGGAAUGCCCUCAGGGGAUCCAAAGAAGGCCUUCUGCUUAAUACACAUUCAGACGUGCAACCAACAUUGUAAGGGUCAUCGAAGUGGUGAGGAGGAUAGGAAAAGUGAAUGGUAUUUAGGAGGACAGACUCUGGUUCCUGGGACUGAGAUUUUCAAGUUGGUCGGAGCCGUUAUUGAGGCUUGGUAG